AUGAUCUCGGAAGAGGACAGCCGCCUGUUUGAGGCGGCGAAGCGGGCGCAGGUGAGCCGAAACACCGCCAUCCACGUGAUCGAGAAUACCAACUCGAGCCGCAUUCUCGCCGGGGCCUUUGUACGGGUGCUGCUGGAGAUGCCCACUCGCAAUGAGGGGUACGUGGUGGCGCGCAUCCACAGCACGACCGCCGGUGAGACAUACAGCGGCUUCUCGACCAACCCAGCUCAGACGACGAACGUGUAUUUAAUGCUAGAGCUUCCACCGCCUCUCGCCGCCAUAAACGGCGUCCAGUAUCAGCUGAACAGCGUCAGCAACAGCAGCAUGGGCGAGGGCGAGUUCUGCGAUUGGCUGCUGAUGAUCCGCAAUGAGCCCACGCUGCGGGUGCCGACUGUGCAAGGGCUUAAGGAGGUGACGGCUCGCCUGCAUCCGUACGAAGUGAGCCGGCACCGCUCCAACUUUCACGUCAGCGCUAACGGGUCGAUGGCGGCCAACGGUCGAGCGGGUGUGGUCGACACAGGCGGCAACGUACCGCACCCGCAGCUGGCGCAGCAGCAGCAGCAACAGAGAAGUCUCUCCGCCCGCGGGGCUGCUCGGCAACGCCGCCAGAGCCUCGCCGCAAGCUCGCAGACGAUGCUGAUACCACCAAUGCUGCAGGACGGUGCUCCCCUCCCCGACAGCGGCGAUGCGCUGCUCAGGCGAAGUUCUGCCGCGAUGUACGAAGGGGGCAGCAGCGGCGUCAUCGCGAACGCGGAGAGCAGUGCGAGCGCCGCCGGCAGCAACAGCAACUAUAACGUCAACAAUCGCCUCGGACGACAAGGAACCGUGAUGACGCGCGACUAUAACCGCAACCCACGCGAGGACGGGCAAGCGUCGCACGAAAUGUCCAACCCAGAGGUGCCGGGUAUGAGCAUCUACACCGCGGCACCAGGCAGCCAGCAGGAGCAGCAACAGCGAACUGUGCUUCCUCUUUCGCAUGGUGGUGAUGAUGGUGGUGUGGCGGGUGAGAGUGACGGUGGCCCCGCCUUGGCAGCCACCACUUCCUUCAUGACGCGCGCCGCCACCGACCCGAAUAUGGAGAGCGAGGACGACGAGAUGGAGCGCCGUCUGCGGCAGGAAAUUAUGAACCACCUAGCCCAGGAGUGUGUCCUCUUCCCGAAAGAGGCGCAGGGCUACAAGCUCUCCCGCCUGCGCCUGUUGGAGCGAGACAUGAUCGAGUACCUGCAGCACGUCCGUGACGAGAUUCAGGGUAAGCAAGAAAACUGCAUUGUGUGCAUGGACCACGUCCCCACAGUAAUCCUGCUGCCUUGCAAGCACAAGGUCAUGUGCCGACUGUGUGCCCCGUCGUGCCCCACCUGCCCGGUGUGUCGCAGUAAGAUUGCGGAGAUGUUCGAGCCGGAGGAGAUCUAG